UAUACAUUGUGAAAUCUGUGUUCCUCAGAGUCCAUCAUGUCUGAGAGGAAGGCCGUCAUCAAGAACGCUGACAUGUCCGAGGACGUGCAGCAGGACGCUGUCGACUGUGCCACACAAGCUUUAGAGAAGUACAACAUCGAGAAGGACAUUGCUGCCUUCAUUAAGAAAGAGUUCGACAAGAAGUACAACCCAACCUGGCACUGCAUCGUGGGAAGGAACUUCGGCAGCUAUGUCACACACGAGACCAAAAACUUCAUCUAUUUCUACUUGGGACAAGUUGCCAUCCUGUUGUUUAAAUCUGGAUAGAAUUUAGAUUUAAUUGUAAAUUAAGACUCUGAGACAAAAGCUAACUUAAUAUUCUAAAUGGAUCUGGAGAAAUGGGAUAAUCUCUUUUAAAAUUGUCUUUGGCUGUACUUUGGCAUGUGUAACUUGCAACGUUUUGUCUGCAGAAAGCAAAACGUUGGUGAAGACUGUGCAUCUGGCUUUUACGCGUAUUAACAUGUAUUAACGGUGAAGAAACUAAACAACCGUGCCAUUCUGACAUACAAUGUUAACCAAACAAAGGUUAUUGUUUGUAUCCUUUCAACAUACACAUUUAGAUUUAUGCAUGUGAAGCCCAUAAUAACAAAAAGCAAAAUAAGGACUUGCUCAACAUUGACUGAUUGGUGCUACAGCCACAGUUUGUUUUAACGACAAAACAAUUCUCUUCUAUUAUGAUCUCCACAAAACAUUCUUUAGAGUGGCCGCUUGAAGAUUCAAAGCUGCUGCAGUCUCCUUACGUCACAAAACUGUUUACUCCAAUUCGGAAUUAAACGCAAUGCCGUUUAGCAAAACGAAGUCACAAACUGUUUUCAUUCAUAAAUUCAUAUUUAUAUCUCUCAAUUUAUGUAAUGCAUUGUACUAUUUCUUACUUUACUCUUUUUAUACUCAUUUUUGGACAUUUCCCGCCGAAUCUUUGUUGUCAUUGUUGAACUUUGUACAAUUUUUCUAAUAAAAGGGUACGACAAACAAACAAAAAAAAAAGAAGAGAAUCUGAGUGCAUGCGAACAACGGCGAUUGGAGGAUUUGAUUGGUUGAAGAGUGACUGAUGUUUGUGUCGUGGGAUACCUCUAAGUCCUUACACAGUCCGAUAAGAUAUUCCUCUGUAUAAACAUGACACCAUAACGCAUUAAACUGUGAUGUUUCAAAGUU